AUGGUGACUGAGUUUAUAAUACUGGGGUUUGGAGACCUCAAGGAAUUGGGUCCCUUGCUCUUCUUGGUGUUUGGCGCUGUCUACCUGGCCACCAUUUUUGGGAAUCUCCUCCUUGUCAUCCUGGUGAGCACUCAGCAGGGACUCCAGACACCAAUGUACUUCUUUCUGGCAAACCUCUCAUAUCUGGAGGUCUGUUAUACAUCGAAUAUCAUGCCCAGGUUGAGACAGAACAGAGUGAUCUCCAUGUGGCAGCUGCAUUCCAGGCUGCUAUCCAGCUUGACCUUCUAUGGCGGCAAUGAGAUUGACCACUUCUUCUGUGACUUGAAGCGUCUGCAGAAGCUCUCCUGCUCAUAUCCCCAGCUAGUCAACCUGAUCUGCAUGAGUCUAACAGCAUUGGUGACUCUGGCCCCCUUUGGACUAAUCCUAGCCUCCUACUGGAAGAUUCUUGUCACUGUCUUGCAUAUACCUUUCAUGAUUGGUAGGCAGAAGGCAUUCUCCACUUGUUCCUCUCAUCUAGUGGUUGUGACUUUGUUUUACGGGACCUUGAUGUUAGUCUAUGCUCUGCCCUUGGCUGGCCAGGUGCCAAUUCUCAACAAAAUCUUCUCCUUGCUCUAUACUGUUGUCACUCCCAUGUGUAACCGCCUUAUCUACAGCCUCAAAAACAAAGAUGUCGAGGAAGCACUGAGGAAGCUGAGGGUUUGUUCCUAUAAUGAUGAGCUUCAUUCAAUCAACCAAAAUGAUGGCAGUCUGAAGGUCAAGGCACUCUCCCCAUCCUCAGGGAACUCCCAGUCUGAUUAG